AUGUUGAUGAAGGAUGGACAUUCCAGCAGGGGAGACUGAGCACAGAGGGAAGGGAGGAGAGGCAGGCUGGGCACACAGGCCUCUCUCCACACUGGGAGAAGGGGACAGGAUCCUAGGGGCUCUUUAAACUUGUGCACUGGGACGCCUGGCCACUGGUUAUGCAUAAGAUCCAACCCCUCUGGGCGCCUCUGGAGCGAAAGAUUGUGCACCCAUCGCAGCAGAGCAUCCCUUAUGCUUGGGUAAUUCUGCCAGAGACACUGGGGACUUUCUGAAGGAACAGCAUAAAAGACUCCUGUACCAGAAAGCACAGCUCACCAUGGUCUUGAUCACAUCAGGCACUAGGAGACCGCUGGAUUUCUUGCAUUCACUGGUGCUUUUUUGGCAAACCUUCCUUUGGAUUGUAUGUGCUGUCUGUGCAGAGGAGCAGUAUUUCAAUGUAGAGGUGUGGUUGCAAAAAUACGGCUACCUUCCACCAACGGACCCCAGAAUGUCAGUACUGCGCACCGCAGAGACCAUGCAAUCAGCUAUAGCUGCUAUGCAGCAAUUUUAUGGCAUUAACGUUACAAGAAAAGUUGAUGAAUACACAAUUGAUCAAAUCACAAUGAGCUGGAUGAAGAAACCACGAUGUGGCGUGCCUGACCAGGCAGGUAGAUCCAGAUUUAACGUCCGUCGAAAACGUUACGCCUUAACAGGGCAGAAGUGGCAUCACAAGCAUAUCACAUAUAGUAUAAAGAACGUCACGCCAAAAGUGGGAGAUACUGAAACACGUAAAGCCAUUCGCCGUGCCUUUGAUGUUUGGCAGAAUGUAACGCCAUUGACAUUUGAAGAAGUCCCCUACAAUGAAUUAGAAAAUGGCAAACGGGAAGUGGACAUUACCAUUAUCUUUGCAUCCGGUUUCCAUGGAGACAGCUCACCAUUUGAUGGUGAGGGUGGUUUUUUGGCACAUGCCUAUUUCCCAGGACCUGGAAUAGGAGGAGAUACACAUUUUGAUUCUGAUGAACCAUGGACCUUAGGAAAUCCCAACCAUGAUGGAAAUGACCUAUUUCUGGUGGCAGUACAUGAAUUGGGUCAUGCAUUAGGACUGGAACACUCCAAUGACCCAACGGCAAUCAUGGCUCCAUUUUACCAGUAUAUGGAAACCGACAACUUCAAGCUACCUACCGAUGACUUACAGGGAAUUCAGAAAAUAUAUGGUCCACCGGAGAAAAUCCCAACACCAACCAAACCUCUUCCAACAGUGCCACCACAUCGACCUAAUCCACCAGCAGAUCCCCGCAAGAAUGACCGGCAACCUAGACCUCCCAGACCUCCUACUGGAGACAGGCCAUCUUAUCCAGGGAUCAAGCCUAACAUCUGCGAUGGGAAUUUCAAUACACUGGCUAUCUUGCGCAGGGAGAUGUUUGUGUUUAAGGAUCAAUGGUUCUGGCGCGUUAGGAAUAAUAAAGUAAUGGAUGGAUACCCUAUGCAGAUUACGUACUUCUGGAGGGGAUUGCCCCCAAGCAUUGAUGCCGUUUACGAAAACAGUGAGGGAAAUUUUGUCUUCUUUAAAGGUAACAAAUAUUGGGUGUUUAAAGAUACAACAUUGCAACCUGGUUACCCUCACGACCUGAUUCAUCUAGGACACGGCAUCCCCUCUCAUGGUAUAGACACUGCUGUUUGGUGGGAAGAUGUUGGGAAAACAUAUUUCUUCAAAGGUGACAGGUACUGGAGAUAUAAUGAAGAAAUGAGAUUCAUGGAUCCUGGCUAUCCAAAGUUAAUUACAAUAUGGAAAGGAAUACCAGAAUCACCUCAAGGAGCCUUUGUUGACAAAGAAAAUGGUUUCACUUACUUUUAUAAAGGAAAAGAAUACUGGAAGUUUCACAACCAGAAACUCAGAGUGGAACCUGGAUACCCACAGUCUAUCCUUAAAGAUUUCAUGGGAUGUGACAGUCCAGUUGACCGAGACAAAGACCGAACCAGUACUCAAGAUGACGUAGACAUUGUCAUGAAGCUGGACAACACAGCCAGCACUGUGAAAGCCAUAGCCAUUGUAAUCCCCUGUAUCCUGGCCCUGUGCCUCCUUGUUUUGGUUUACACUGUGUUUCAAUUCAAAAGGAAAGGCACACCCCGACACAUACUGUACUGUAAACGCUCUAUGCAAGAGUGGGUGUGAUGUAGGAAUCUUCUCAUCCAAAUUUGAGGUUACUUGAGAUUCACCAUCAGAGCUAUUAUGCUGUUGCCUAGCAACACACAGGCAUCUGUGAGGCAGGGUCAUACGGCUGUUCUUUACAAACCCAAGAGGUGUUGCGUCCUGCACUUGAGUGGGGAUUCAAUCAUCUGGGGAGCUUCCAUGAGACACAGUUUCUGCUGAUCCUCCAGUUCUUUUGUAUUUCUUUGUCAUUCAGUUUUAGGCCUUUCCUCAGCACUCCGGAGGCGGAGUUUGCUUCCAGGAGCAACAACGAAGAGGGCGAAUAAAAAUAUUUUCCUGAAAUAGUGACUUUUUUUUUUUAUUAAUUCUUAUUUUUUAUUUUUUUCAUAUUUUUAAUUGGGAAAUAUUCCAGAUCCUCUUUGCAAAGAUAAGUGCUGCAAAGUACAAGCAACAAAUUCAACAUGCGAAUCACCCAUCAUGAACGUCAGGAGUGUGUGAAGACCCAAAACAGCUUUGUUUCCAAAGAGGAUUGAUGCACUGCCUGCUAUGGAUAGAUGCCCACAAUGAAACUUGUGGGAGAACAAAGUUACGUGGGACUUUGAGACUAUGCGGACAGCCUUUUUUCUCCAACAAACAAGGGGCCAAAAUAUCUGCAAUAUAGUAACAGCCUUAAUGAUGCAUUCAUUUUGUGUUUUAUACAACUUUUUCUGAGCUUUGUCAAAAAUGUUUUAACACAUUUAUAGUCAUUAAUAUACUGAACAAAAACUAUUUUUUUCUUGUUUUAGUUUGUUUUCAUUUUCCAUCACUAUAUUAGAUCAAGCUGUUUUCAGCUGCCUGGGACAUUUAGCAGGUCUGACAGGAAGACUCAUUUGAAAGCCUGGCAGGAAUCAAAAUGUCUCCGAAGCGGAUAUCAGUGAGCUGCGGCAAAAUGGCCGUCAUGUUGUGAGGAAAAUUGCUACGAGUAUUAUGUUUGUGUAACCCUUUGAGGACUGUUGUGUCAGUUUUCAGAUUCUGAGGGACUCUGCUUGCUUGUCAUUAAAUAAUAUGAAUGUGCAGACAAAUUGAAAUCUACAGUACACAGUAUUUUGAUAAAAUAAUUACUCAACAGCUUCUAAAUAUGUUUUUUUUUUUUUGAACAGAGGUCUAACGGAGAACAUGUAAUGUGAGUUAAGGUUCAUUAUAACCAAAAAAAGGCAAAACAAAGACAGAAAUGGUUGCAGUAGGCAAUGGAUUGGCUUUUCUUCUAUAGAAGGGUCUACUGUAUGUUCAAACGAUAUUGCACGAAAACAUAAAUUGCCUUAUAUGAGUACAUCCAGGUCGUUACGCUGUCGACACUAGAGGAGAAUCUGAAUACUGCAUGUACCGCAAUAUAAUGUCCUCAAACUGCAUGUUCACUGUAGUUCUCAAAGGGUGAGGAAGUGACCUGACCCCAUUAGGAGCAGUAACAGAGAGGGGUGAGCACCAAAGUGUUUUCUUGUAAAGUGUAUUACGUCUGGAGAGCUCACUUGUCAUUUCCGUCAGACCUGCACAGUCGGUUCUUUGGCUUUCAUUUUACAGUAGUUAAUUUUUACCUGGAGAAAAGUCAGCAGCUGACUGCUCCGGAAUCAAAAAAGAAAAACGUUUUUUUGCAGUGUUACUCUAUACAUUUACCAGCACUAUGCUAUGAACAUGUAAUGAUGGUAAUAUUGAAAGCAGUCGCAGUGCUGUCAUCUGUUUUCUUCAGAAAGUCAGCAUGUAGGGGAAAAACUGUUCUAUUGUAACAGUAUGCCUUUAACCUAUAGUGUGUCCUGUUGACUGUCAUUAUUGAGUUAAACAAUGUCUUUUUAUACAAAGCUUGCUGUGUUAAGCAGAAUAUUCUCGCUGUUUGUGCCCUCUGACCUUAAGCUCAAAUUAACAAGGGAAACUGCUAUCUAAGAUGUAUGGAGAAUGCGAGUUGUUAUUAUAAUUUCCUUUUUUUACUCCCAGAAUGACGUUUCUGUAGUAGAGUUGUAACAAAUGCAUUGUGAGUACAGACUUGCACCUCUCUAUAACAUUUCUGUUCUGCAAUUUUCAAAGAAAAUAUGUACAUUGCUUCCUAGUAUGAUUUGUACACAAACCUAUGUGAGCAUACCGUACAUAGCACAUAGUAUCACUGCCUCAACACUGGCAUAAAAAGGGGAAGGUUACACAAUAGGGACAAUGAUACUGCUUGAUACCCAUUUAGUUUUCAAAUUCCGAGAGACUGACAACCAUUAGUGUUGCUGCUGCUAAGGAACCAUGUUACCCAUAGUUCUUUGCGGACAGUGUAGCUUUGAGAGAAUACUGGGACUUAUACCGUAGCUCAGCAAGAGCUUAAGAGCUGAAGGAGGCCUGCACCCUGUCUUACACUGUGUUUUUAAAAAUGCAAACAGUUGCAUACAUGUUGUGCAGUAAUAUGUCAAUAAAGUUUUAGAAUUCAAAAUGGUGUUUCCAAAUCCACAAUUAUCUUAAAACACCCAUGCAUUUAUUGUUGGCCUAAAAGUAGGAAUCCCGUAUAGUUUAUGUAUGCUAGCAAUAGUGACUAUUUUAGGUACUGUAUGUUUGGUUUUAUGUGUUGGAGCAAUCUACUGUUGACCUAAUUGCAUAGACAUUACAGUAAAGUAGGGGAAGUACUUAACCAACAGUUUCAGAUUUGCACACAAUGUAACUAAGCAUGGCUCUGUCUACUCUCCUUACCAAGCCCCCAUUGAAUUAUUGUGAAUUUAAAUACAGAAAUAUACAAAUUAUUUUUCAAUUUUGUUGCAACAGGGAUAAUAGUACAGAGAAUUAAUGUAUUUAGCUAUGUAAAAUGGAAGUGGAGCUCAUGGUAAAAAUGACAUCACUAGGGGUCUUUCUUUACAGGAAUCUACAAUUGGGAUCCUAUGUGCUAGAUUGUUAUACAAUAGGCCCACAAUUCUCUACUGGAAUAUAUCUUGGAAUGUUCACUUGCUUAGGACCAGUCUCCUGAUAUACCUGGAAAAGUGGGAAUAUAUGAGUAUAAAUGUUAGGCUACAUACACACUGGUAUUAAAACUCUAAAGAUCCUUUUCUAAUGCAAGUUAAGCUUAAGGACCUUAUUCAGCAUCAGUUGCAGUUUUGCUAAUUUAGCAAGACUGCAAUUGCUUGCGAUCGCAUGCUGGGGGCUGCCCAGCACAGGGCAAGGCCACCCAGCAUGCUAAUGGCAGCCAGCGAUGCAGUCGCAAUUCAACUGCGUUCGCAACGCUAAAUACGUGAAGCCCCCCUGCCUGCACAGCCUGGCUGCGAAGGCAGUCGGCCUUCCGCCAUUUUCCUGUUCGCAGCGGCCACGUGUGAUAUCAUGCAGCCGCCCCGAAACCAACCCCUGUUUGUGACCCCACCCAACACAACGCUGCCACCGCCACAAUGGUGCAUCGCCACCCCUGCCCGCCAGUGAAUGCCUCUGCCUGUCAAUCAGGCAGAUGCAUUUGCAUCGAUGUGAUUGCAUUGGCCUGCACGCCCACGCACAGAUCGGGACCUGCGCAAUGCGGCUAAAAACAAUCCCAAUGCGAUCACAUCACAUUAGCGGGCCAAGCUGAAUAAGGCCCUAUGUAAACAGAUGUAAAGAUAAAAUUUGUUGUACCAAAUAACAUGCGUUUAACUUGCGUUGCGAUGCAGUGCUUUUUAACACUUCUUGUUCCAUUUCAUUACGUGAACGCAUUUGAAAGCUUACAUUUAUCUCCCGUUGCAAACUCCAGUGUGUAAGUACUGUAACCUUAUUUCCAAAAACAAAAGGAACCGUCCAGUGACGUUUAUAUCCUGUGCAAUCUUCUCAUUCCCACAUUUUAUUUUAUUAAAGAUACAGUAGCAUGUAUCCUAGACACCUACAUCCCGACCCUUAGGGUGGAAUAGGCGCUUAAUAAAACUGAUAUGGAUUUUCAGAGUGAAUACAUACAUUUUUCUUUAUUAAUACAAAGAACCCACAGACUGAAGCGUAUAUAUAAAUAAAUAAAAAACAGUAUUUUUUAGUCUUUAAAAUUAAAUAAAAAAAGCUACGGAGAUCACAAAAGAUCAAUAUUUAAUGGACAGAAAUUGUUACGGUCUAUACAAUAUAGAAUAUGGAAAGAAAAGUUUCACUGUUAUUUACAUUAUACUAAAAUGUUGUUGACAUUAGCUUUCCUGUAUCAGAUAUGUUUUAUUUUUGUGUCACGUAGGCUCCGGUAGAUAUAAUAUUCUAUUUUGCUUUUAUUGACAAACACAACUUGUUUGUGUGCAAUUGCAAAGCUGAAUCAUUGGUGCUAACGUGUAUUAAGACUGUGAGAUAUAACCGGGCAAACGUUUGUAGUGCUUAGACUAACUAUAUACAUUGGUUAUUUGUAAUCAAUGCAUAAACAAUAUGUUAUUUACACAAGUUGUAUUUUAAUACCUGAAGUCAUUGCACAGGAACAAAAAAAGAGGUUACAUUUAUUUUAAGAAAGAAAAAAAAAAGACAGAAAGCUGUCUACACCCCAUAACAAAUAAUUAUAAUCAAAGUAAAGGGGGCAUAUUUUUUUUUUUUUAUUAUUAAUAUUACUAUAAUUAUUUUAAUGUAUUGUAUACCAUAAAACAUGACUUUACUUUAUUUUCCAAUGAAAAACAUGUGUUUACAAUGCUUUAUCUCUUUGACUGCAUCAUUCCUAAAAGAAAAGAAAAACAAAUCAAUAAAUGUUAGCACAGGUUUCAACAGCCGGAACUGUUACUCACUACAAUUUGAUUGCAAGCCCCUGUGCUACAGGAUCAUUUCUUUUUCCGUUCCAGCAGUCAAAGUGAUAAAUCUGUGCAGUGAUCCAUUUCUAUUUAUUAAUAUUUAUUUUGUGUUUCUCUUGAGGAGGGCUGGCUGGGGUGGGGCAGUUAUUGUCUGCUGUAAGUGUCUUAAGGGAAGGGUCAAUGGCUUUUUAUACUAUUGCAUCUUCUGUAAUUACCAUUGUUUUAUUGUGUUGUAAUUAAAAAUACAAAUAAAGCUGCAAAUAAAUAGCGGACAAGA